AUGAGGGCUAAGAAUCCCCUUGCCUUCCGGCCAGGGCCUGUGUCCUUCUGGACGACUUUUAUAUACCUCGCUCUGUUUAUUCCUCUCAUUUGGGUUCACGAAACUGUUCCUUCAGCUCCGGCUGACCGGUCGCUGUAUCAGGGUCUCAAUUUGACGGAGGCAUGGCUCGAUCUACAAACCAUUACUCGCGCCUAUCAUCCCUACAACAGUCACGAAAAUGACCGAGUACGCGAGUUCCUCAUUAACCGCACCAAGGAGAUUCUCGAUCGCAAUGAUAUGUCGUAUACCACGGAAACGAUUGGUGGUGUAGUUUGGCACUCAAGAACAUCUUCUCUGGAGAACCAAGAUUUGCCUGUAUCAGCUCAAGAUAAGCCUCGUGGAGCAACGCUCUUCGAUGACAGAACUUCUAACGUUUCCUGGACUUACAACACUGCUCGGCGCAUGGGCUCUAAUAUCUCCAAAGGAACAUGGUUGGGACAGUACUUUGAGGGCAACAAUUACUAUGUCUACAUCCACGGCAAAAACGACCCUGAGGGUGAAUGGUGGCGUGAUGAAUCCAAGUACAAGAAGUUCCGUGGCGAGGGCGGUGUUCUUGUCAACUGUCACUUUGAUUCCGUUUCUACCGGUUAUGGUGCCACCGACGAUGGUAUGUCCUGCGUGUCGAUGCUCCAGCUCUUGAGCUACUUUACACUCAAAGGACGUCAACCCAAGAACGGCAUCGUUCUGCUCUUCAACAACGCCGAAGAGGAUGGGCUUCUCGGUGCCAGAGCCUUCGGCUAUACUCCCUUGUUACUAUUCAUUCACACAUUCGUCAACCUUGAAGGCGCUGGAGCUGGAGGCCGUGCGCUGCUUUUCCGUACCACUGACUUGCAGGCUGCCAAGGCCUACACCAAGAGCCCUCAUCCGCUGGGAUCCGUUGUAGCUGCUAAUGCUUUCGAGAGAGGUGUGAUCAAGAGCGCAACCGAUUACGAGAUCUUCGCAGAUGCCUAUGGACAAAGAGGACUUGACAUUGCUUUCUAUGAGCCUCGCGCUCGGUACCAUACUAACCAAGACGAUACACGACACACAUCUGUUAACAGCAUUUGGCACAUGCUCUCAGCUGCUCUCGCGUCGACUGAGCACCUGUCGAAGACGACCGGUACCAUCUUCAAUGGCGACCGUUCCGAUGGCAACUCUGAUCUUGCUCAGAAUGGCAAACAAGCUGAGGGUGUCUGGUUCGAUAUCUUUGGUGCUGCGUGGGCCGUGUUCGCGCUUAGAGGACUCUUUGCAUGGUCUCUAACACUUCUCGUCGCCACGCCGCUGAUCCUCAUUGCUUUCACGUACAUCCUGGCUCGCAAAGACAAAUACUACUUCUUUUCUAGAGACAUCAAGAUGCAUCACGACAUUAACGAUGACCCAGUUGUGUUGGGCGGGUGGAAGGGGUUCUUCCGCUUUCCAUUUGCCCUCGCUUUCGCUGGAGCACUAACUAUUGCAUCUACUCUUCUGAUUGCUAAGUUCAAUCCGCUGAUUAUUUACAGCAGCGGGUACGCUGUGUGGUCUAUGACUCUUUCCAUCUUUUACUUCUCGUUUUGGCUCAUCAUGCGUGGAGCCAGUUUUGUUCGCCCCAGUGCACUUCAUCGAGGCUUCGUUUUGAUGUGGCUCUUUGCUCUUGGCUGGGGCGUACAAGUUGUGUGUGCUGUGGCAGAAGAUCGUAUGCAUAUUGGUGCCCUUUAUGCAACCGUUUUCUUCCAAUCUGCCAUUUUCCUCGCCCUGUUCAUUUCUCUUUUGGAGCAAUUCGCGUUGCUUGGGAAGCACGACUUUGCAAUGCAGCUUCACGACGCACAUCAGGCGCGUGAUAUUUCUAGCCGCGAUAAUGAGAAUGAAUCGAGACCUCAGACAGAGAGUGAAUCUGCUCAUGCUGAGGCGGAUGAUGACGAGGACAGAUCUGAGGAUGCUACCGAGACUACGCCGCUUAGAGCCGGUGAAUCAGGAUAUGGCUCCAACGCCCCGACCUCGUUUGCCAACACGUACCGCCGUUCCGUUGCUGAAAACUCGCCCUCUCCGCCUAGUAUGCGACGAUACCAGCCUUUCGAGCAUGAACAGAGUUGGUCUGGACGCCUUCCUACGUGGACUUGGAUUCUCCAGUUCCUCUUUCUGGCUCCCGUACCCGUGAUUCUGUUUGGAAACAUUGGCCUGGUUGUUAUGUCUGCUACCCAGAUGACAGGUACUGACGGAGGUAGCCUCCUUGUUCCUGUCUUGUCAUUGGGCAUUUUGAGCAUUUUCUUGUUGCUCCCACUCACGCCUUUCAUCCACCGUGUUACUCACCAUAUUCCGCUGUUCCUCUUGUGUGUUUUCGCUGGCACCUUCAUCUACAACCUGAUCGCAUUCCCGUUUUCCGAUAGUAACCGUUUCAAGUUUUACUUCCAGCAAGUGAUCGACUUGGAUAACGGUACCAACACGGUGUCUAUUGUAGGACUCGAGGAAUAUGCACGAUCUGUCAUCAGCACCGUGCCGAGCACUCUGGGCCAAGAGAUCAAGUGUCAGCCAGCUGUCGGACGUGAUCUUUCUGAUUGCCAAUACGACGCCUCGUCGUUGACGCCCAGACUGUACAGGAAUAAAACUCCUGAUGAUUUGAUCUCAGUCGAGACGAUAUAUGGCAGCGAUGGUAGUAAAGCACGACUUCGAAUUGAUGCUAUUGACUCAAGGCUUUGCUAUGUUCGCACAUCACGACCCAUUUAUGGAUUCGCCGUGGAUGGUGCAAGCCCAAGAGAUCCUCGUUUUGGAAAGUUCCCUUCAGAGGGUUUCAGCAGCGUCCAGCUCUGGCGCCGCGAUCGAGAUCGGCCCUGGACAUUGAACUUGUAUCUGAACGAGGCGAAUACCCUUUCUGCUCUGGACUACACGACUCAAAAGGAAGUCGAGUCCCAGGGAGACCACGAAUUAAGAGUGCGGUCAGCGGGACAAGCAGCUGAUCGUCUUGAAGUCACUGUCAGCUGUGCUUACAGUGAUGCCAACACGGCUGGAACAAUCCCUGCUCUUGACGAGCUUCUCAAGUACAUGCCGACUUGGGCUGCAGUCACCAAGAAGAAUGUUGGACUUGUAGAAGUCCGUAAGACUCAUAAAGUCUGA